CUCUAGUAAUGAUGACCAGUGAACCCCGCCACUAAGCCGAAUCCAUUGCGCAAUACCCCGCGGUGCUAUAGAUGCGUUUGAAAUCCCCAACUGGGCGGACGAACCAUAAAAAGGCUUCAGUUUCUAUAUAUUUACCGUAUCAAUCUUUUGGCAUAAGUUAUCUGUAUCUUAUUUUCUGUAUAUUUAACUCGAGAACCUGUUGGCUUCCAUUAUGGCAGACCCCACUCUAUAUACUUACCCCUCCCCGCUCGAGGGUUAUCGCGACCUCCCUCCCCUUCCGAAUGAGUUUUCUGAGGACGGAAAGAGCUUUGAGAAUCCAUCGACAGGAAAGCUUAGUGACAGCUAUACCAAAUUCACUCCUCCGCUGAAAAAUGGAGAGCAUGCUGCAUUUGAUGUACAUAUAUACUACUUCCAGAGCAAUGAUUACCAACUCAAAUUUGCGGGAGAAUUGUGGGAACGCAUCCGUCGCGAAUUCCCCGAACUCCGUAUCUACAAAUUAUGGGACAAGCCCAUCGGGCCCCAUCCCAUCGCGAUGUUCGAGGUAAACCUCUUCACACCUGCACAGUUCGGGGCCUUCAUUCCUUGGCUGGUGAUCAACCGCGGUCCCCUGAGCACACUCGUGCAUCCGAACACCAAAGAGAUUGUGGACGGGAAGGAUGUGAGCGAUGAGGAGAGAGACCAUACGCAGCGGGCGACGUGGAUGGGCGAGCCUGUGCUGCUCGAUUUGAGCAUUUUUAAGCGUAUGAAGGCCGGCGCCGUCGCCAGGGCAAAGGCAUAGGAAGUACGGUCUUGGAUAUGAGCCUGUUCUCCAAGUUGUACCUAGGCUAAAUAGUCGUUCAAUAUGUUGAUAGUCCUUCGGUUAUCGGAACCACCAGUUUGCUGAUGCGUUCAGUCCGUCACCCUCGCUUUUGAUACUAUGCCACCAGCCCUUGGGGAUGAAAAGGGCAUCUCCAGGCCGAACAGUAACUUCGUGGCCGUCCAAGUUCGUAGGGUCCCAAACUGCUUCUUUGAGAUCUACCCUCUCACGCCCCUGGAACAUUUCCAGUCGCAGCAAGGCCGCAGGGCACACUACACACCACACUCGCAGUGGCUCAUAACAUCAGACCAACCGGUCCCGCAUACACCCCCUUUCGGGAGAACCUCCGAGACACCGCCCUCUACUAGCAAACCUGACACCAUCCCAACUGGCGGGGAAGGCGCUCAGUCAACGGGCCUUACAGCCACGCAAACACGCAAGAAC